CAGCGUCUCAGUGAUACUUUCUGCCUUGCACCGUGAAGCUCUUAGAAAACAAGUUGUAAGGGGGGCCGUUAGAGAGAAAACCAACUGGAAUUUAUCACCUCUUGCAUAACAUUACACACAUCAACACGUGAGGUCAACAGCGCGCCCCGGUGAGGGGGGACAGGACAGUGGGGACCGAAGCUGUCACUAAUCCGCUGCUUGAAUACAAUAUCUGGACCGAGGUCAACAACAGGGGGACCACACUCUCCUGUCUCUCAAAGUAGGAGCACUACCUGCAACUUCUGAUUCAUAUCAGAUGCAUGUGAACUUUGAAAACUUAUGUCAUUCCAUUCAUUUAUUUUUAUUUUUUUGGAUUCCUGGGACUUUUUUUUUUCUGGCACACUUUUUACGCACGCCUGUCGCACACUGUGUGGUGUGAUCUGAUUGUGUGAGAAACUUUCAAUCCGGUGCCAUGCUGCAGUGAUUUCAGCCCCCCCCCACCUCCCUCUGCUCGGGGACUUCAUGAUCAAGUUGUAGCCUAUAAAAAGCGGGAGGGCGAAGAAGGAUGCUUGGAAAAUAUUUAUAACAACACACAGCGGAGGAGACAGAGUCUGUUCGCGUUAGUCGACCGAGCAGAAACCGAGGACAGUAAAUCACAAGGAGGCAAGUAGGGGCUGCAGAGGUGACCGAGGACAAGACAGGUUGGUGUCUCCAAAUUCACCGCGCGCUCGAGUUUCAGCCGCCCCCGGGGGCUCCUCCUGGUAUUAAAGCUGCGUGCAUUUGACCUGGGAUACGUUGUCAACAAGAGCAGCGAGCGGAGGCAAACUGGCAGUUGUACAAGUUCAUGUACAUGCAUACGUAUAUUCACGCCACUAUUUAUAGAAGUUGGGACGAGCAGCCUUAAUAAGUUUCUCCUCCCACCCGCCGGACCUGCAGCAGCUCUGUGCACGUUUCUAUAUAUACAUACACACACACACACACACACACACCGUACAGGCUGUUAUUACUCUUCGCAAUCUGUAUCCGAGAGGGCAGCCCGCCGUCGGUUUGGCUGUGAGGGCAGGAGUCGUCGCAUGGACUGACAUGGCUACCGACCUGGCCAUGAGCGCGGAGCUGCCGAACAGCCCUCUGGCAAUCGAGUACGUCAACGACUUUGACCUCAUGAAGUUCGAGGUGAAGAAGGAGCCUCCGGAGGCCGAGCGUUACUGCCACCGCCUCCCGUCGGGCUCCCUGUCCUCCACCCCGAUCAGCACCCCCUGCUCCUCCGUGCCUUCCUCGCCGAGCUUCUGCGCCCCGAGCCCGGGCGCGCAGCCCAACCAGAGCCUCACCAGCAGCGGCAUCAACAGCAGCGGCGGCAGCAACAGCAGCGGCGGCGGAGGCGGCAACAACAAUCACAGCGGCGGCGGCGGCGCGGGCAAGCCGCAGCUGGAGGACCUCUAUUGGAUCCCCAGCUACCAGCACCACAUCAACCCCGAGGCGCUCAACCUGACCCCGGAGGACGCGGUGGAGGCCCUCAUCGGGAACGCGCACCACCACCACCACCACCACCAGGCCUACGAGGGCUUCCGCGGGCAGCAGUACGCGGUCGGGGAUGACCUGUCCGUGGCCUCGGCUGCGCACCAUCACCAGGGCCACCACCACCACCAUCACCACCACGGCCACCACGCGCGCCUGGAGGACCGCUUCUCGGACGAACAGCUGGUCAGCAUGACGGUGCGGGAGCUGAACCGGCAGCUGCGGGGCUUCAGCAAGGAGGAGGUGAUCCGCCUGAAGCAGAAGCGGCGCACCCUGAAGAACCGCGGCUACGCGCAGUCCUGCCGCUUCAAACGCGUGCAGCAGAGGCACAUGCUGGAGACGGAGAAGUGCAGCCUGCAGACCCAGGUGGAGCAGCUGAAGCAGGACGUGGUGCGCCUCGCCAAGGAGAGGGAUCUUUACAAGGAGAAGUACGAGAAGCUGGCCAGCCGGACCUACUCUGUCGGUGGAGCCGCGAACACGAGAGAUCCGUCCGGGAAACAGGCCGAGUUCUUCAUGUGAGAGACUGGACGAUUUGUAGCAUAGACUCUGAAUUACACAAUCCCACCUAAACAUCCUUGUUGCAUUAAUUUAUAUAUAUUUUUUUUUUUUUUUUUUUUCUGCGUUUUUGUAUUUUGUUUACAGUUAUUCCCUUUGACAAAGACUUCAUAACACAAGCAAACAAAUACGCAUUAGAUGCGCACAAACGUAAUCCUUGUGAGCAUUGUUGAGUCUUAAAUAUGUUUUGGCUAAACUUCUGUACAACGCUCACCUGUCAGGUGGGCACAUGGGAUCACUUAGUCUGCAUAGACUUUUUCUCUGGUGCAACAGCGCCUGCAGGUCAGAAGUCUUAUUGAACCGUCUGACAUUUCAAAUGACUGUCUUAAUUCAGAUAGAGAGAUGAUUUUUGUCUUAAAAGUGGGGAAAGAAAGAUUUUUUUUUAAAGGAUCAGAUUGGACUGAAAUAGAAGCAGAAAAAGCAAUACCCCCCCCCCCUCCCCCCGCCUCUCUUUUGGCUCCAGAAAGAUCAACAAGACUGUUUGUGUGACAUUGAGGCGGGCUGUGAUGCAGAGAAGAGACCUUUCAAUAUUGCAAGUCUAUAGUUUCCCCAUCCCUAUUUGCAACCCUGCAUGCAGGACAUGUAUGGUAACUUCCAGUCAUCUCCCAGAAUCCUUCCACAUGUAUGGAAAGCAUGGCCCAUGGUUCUCUCCUCUUCCUCCGUCCUCUGCCAUCAAUAAGGCCUGGGUAUGCAAAAACUCAAGAAAAAAAAACUACAAAAUGUUUCCCCCAUUAAACCCCCGGAGAGGUGCAAGGACUGCGGACGAAAAACGAAAAACAAUCUGCUACUGCGAAACAUGGAUGCGUCUUUAACUGCUAUUUUCAAUCAAUUUUUCUAUUGUUUUAAAAAAAGAAAAGAAAAAAAAAAACAACAAAAAGAGAUUAACUGAGCCAGAUUUUAGACUGUAUUUAUUUCCACCUGUACAUAAUGUGUAGAGAAAAACAGUUUCCUUGUGUUAUUUUAACCCUUUUUUUCUCUUUUUAAAGAAAAAACUGCUUUCGUUGCUUGGAUUAUUCGAAAAUGUCUUAAUACAAAAUGUUUGUAUGUUACAGCAUGCAAAUCGUCUAUGGUAUCCUCCUCCUACUGAACAUGUGUAAUGUCAAAGGCAAGCCUAUACUGCACUAAGAAGAGAUCAAACUGGACAAACGUUGUUUUCUACUGAUAGGACCUUUGAUCUGUUACUCUCUAAAAACCUGGAUGUAAAUUUGGAUGAAGCGAAAUCUUCAUUUAUUAGAUGGACAAGGAUUGCAUUCGCUGCUAAAACUCUAUGCACCAACCUGAUGAUUAAAAAGACUUAGUUUAAUGGUUCUUCUUUUUUUUUUUUUUACUUUGGAUAUUUGUAGACGAGAAUUUUUAGGGCCUGCGGGUUUAUUCUGCAGCCCGGUGUCUUAAUAGGAUCUUGUGUCUGAUAGGAGGAUGCUUGACUGGUUUUAAAAAGAGGAGACUUUGCCUGCUGGUAGAGCUGACUGUUCGUGGAGUAACUCGAUGCAUUAUUCUAACAAGAAAUCCCUGGUUCGUGUGUGUUUCUGCUGCCUAGAUAUAUGUGCAAUAUUGUGCAGAAGUGUCCGCUGCUCAGACUACCUGUUGGAUGGCGAAAACCUGCAGGAAGAGAGAGAGAGAGAGAGAGAGCGAGAGAGAGAGAGAGAGAUAGAGAGAGAGAGAGAGAGAGAGAGAGAGAGAGAGAGAGAGAGAGAGAGAGAGAGAGAGAUAGAGAGAGAGAGGCUGGAAAGAUCCAAAUUUAGAUCCAAAUGCCACAGAAAAAAACAACCGCAAAUCAUAUUUUGUAUUGCUCUCCAAAAUGUUCCAUCUAUGAUGUGAGCCAGAAGAACAAAAACGAUCAAAAUGCAUCUUGCAACGCCAUCUGAUCUUAUCUUUUUUUUUAAUUAGGCAACGACAGUUUCCCUUCAGUAACUUUCUUUGUUUUAAUUUCUUUUAAUUUUUUUCUGGGGUUUGAUGUGACUUCAUAUUUGAGUCAUUUUUUUUUUUUUUUUACAAAAUCAAUUACAUAAUGAAUUAAUGCGAGACAUAAACAGGAGAGUAAACUUCUGCACAGUGCUGUUAAUGUAUAUCUGUACAUAUGAUUUCUAUAUUUAUUCAAUGAACGUGUCCUAACGUGUCAACAAGUGAAAAACCUACAAAGUGGAACGUUGUUGAGAAUCUUGUUUUCAUAAUGUUUAAUAAAAAGUUCUGUCCCAAA